GCAUGCUUCAGCCGUGAUGCGUGCAUGCGUGGCUCACUAACACGCUGCUGCUGCACAGCAUGUGUCUCCAUCUGGAUGCUGGUCGGCGAGGUCAAGGGGCGUCUGUGAGGCCGGAGAGGGGUCGAGGCCGCGCGGCACGUGAUUGCUCCACACCCCGCGGAGUGCGCUCGGACCACCCGCCUCUGGAAGGGCCCAGGCCGCCCUCGAGCUCCCCGCCUCUUCUCUUCCUCAUCAUCAAGACGCAACGAGCCAUUGCUGCCCGAGGGCUACACAGUACAUCGCUGCAUCAGAGACGGGAACGAGCACAGCAGCAGCAGCGCAGCAUCUCCGACCGAGGCAAGGAAACAAGAGCGCGCACUCGGCCUCCUGCACGCCGAGCAGCCAUGUUCUGGGUACCAGGCGCCUUCAUUCCCGACCAGAACGGCGCCUCCACUUCCGCCUUGCCAUCUCUCGACGAGGGCAGCACAGGCAAGGCAUCUCUCGUCCGUCGACGACCGCACUUCGACGAGCCCUCUCCGCCUCCCUGGCGCAGUCGUUCCUCCGCUGUCCUCACGCCCGGAGCAGGCGCUGCGCUGCCCGCCGAGCUCGUGCUUGCCAUCUUUGAGCAUGCAGCAUCAGGCGACGCACAUACGUGUGCCGUGCUCUGCAGCCUCUCGCAUGCCUACAGCUCGCAUCUCCGAGCAAGGCUCUACCAUGCUCCCGUCCUUCGGCGCGGCGAUGCUACGUAUGCGUUGCGACGCUCGCUCUCGGCUGCUACAAAGCUAGGCGCGCUGGUCCGACAUCUCUACCUUUGCACAACCUCCUCUCCCUCUCCCCCAAGCGCGCUCUUUCCCCGUCCACCAGCUCCUUGCAGCGGUGCAGCGACAGCCGAUCGCAUCCUGCAGCUCUGCGGCAACGUCAGUGUCCUCACGCUCGAGCGGAGCGCAUGCUUUGACUGGGGACCGGGUCUCUACGCAAUGCGUCACGCGCGAGAGAUCACGCUCGUGGGCGUGCGCACGGCAGAGGACUUUGUGGGCUUGCAUGGCCGGAGAGAGAUGAGAGAGCGGGUGGAGGAUGCCAUGGGAAGACAUGAGCUGCCAGGCGUGCAGCGACUCCAGCUCACCAACUUCACGCCCUCUUCUCUCUCCGGCAUCCUCAACCUGCACACGCUCGAGCAUCUCAUCCUCACCUACCCGCUUCUCCCUCCCGUGCCACCAGGCGGCAUGGCCACGCUCCGCAUCCUGCCUCGCGCACACAUGCUCCGACUGCUAGGCGACGUUGGUGCUGGCACCACGGGUCCAGCGCCUGGCGAUCGGCUACGCCGCAUCAUCGUGCGCGCCCCGCCUGCUGUGCUCGCCACGAUCGCCUCUGAGCUCGCGCCGCUGCCCGACGAGAGACUGCGCUUUCGAUGUCUCUACUCGCCGCUUGACGAUGCUGCACCGCCAGCACUCGAUCUGCUACACGAGUGGCAGCUCGGCGUGCUUGCGGCGCAGCAGAGAGACACGCAGGCGAAGCGUCAGGAGCCACAAGCGGUGCCGCUGCAUGCGCCGUGGGCAGACGAGCUGUCGGAUGUAGUAGGCGCGACGGACGAGAGCGUAGAGCUGCUCGAACAGCUGGCGAGAGCGGACGCGGCGCGCCUGGGCCAGGAGGCACCCCUCGUGCCACGCAGCCUGGCUGCUGCGUUCUGGUAGUCGGUGCGCUGGCAAUGCUAUACCAUGAAGUCCCGA